UAGGUAAGAAGUUUAAGAUGCCAUUUUACAGGAACUAUAGAUCGAAUAACUACAUCAUGGUGCAAGUGGUAGAACAAAAAAUGCAAUGAUUCAGUCUGUGUCCUGGGACGUGAGUGGAUUUUAAGAGGCAAGGAUACACCUGUUUAAUAUGGAGAUAUAUAUUACACCAUAACAUUCAGUUCCUUUUUCUUGAUCCAGAACAGGAAGUGGGAUGGGUCGUGUGCACCUUAUAGAGCCAGUGAUUGGCUUGUAUGCAUUUACCGUGUUUAUGACGUACCCACUGCUCCAGCAGUAUGUGUACCGUAGGCUGUGGCUUCAGCUGAGCGGCACGCCCUACCCGGCCGAAAGUCUGUCUCACUGCUUAAACAACCACACCAAUGUGUCCAUACAUGAGGCAGUACAGAAGGAGACGUCUAUUUUUCUUCUCCAAUGUGAACUUUUCUUCCUCAUCCCCAGUCUUAUAUCUGCUUUGCUCCUGGUCUCAUACAGUGACUACUGUGGACGUAAAGUGGCCAUCAUUCCCCCCCUCGUGGGUGACGCUUUAUUCACCCUGAGCUAUGUUAUAGUCAGCAGGUACUCCUUUAACCUCAAAUACCUGCUAGCUUCCUCCUUCCUAACCGGCAUGAUGGGAGGACCCACGUCUCUGAUCGGAGGAUGUUUCGCCUAUGUGGCCGACCUCUGCGGAGAAGAUCCAGAGGGACGUAAGACUGUCCGAAUGGCUCGUCUGGACAUGAUUCUCGGUGUGUUGUCUGGCUUAGCUUCUCUUUGUACUGGAUUCUACAUUAAAGCAGCAGGCUUCACCUGGCCCUUCCUCACUGCAUUUCUUAUGCAUCUUCUGAACCUCUGCUACGUCCUUGGGGUUUUGAAAGAGUCCCUGGUUUUGUCUACAUCCAAACAAACCAAUGAUGUUCCUCGGGUACAUGGGUCUCAAGCUUUGACCGCUCGCUUGCAGGGUGUUUACUUACUGUUUGCGGCUUCCACGCGGAGAAGGAACGUAGCGCUGUUGCUCAUGCUUACCGCUUUUGCGUUUUAUAAGUUCUCCAUACAGGGUGGCAUGUCUAUCUUUAUCUUGUAUGAAUUAAACACUCCUCUGUGUUGGAGCGAGGUGCUGGUGGGAUACGGCUCGGCUCUCUCCACCGCAAUCUUCCUUUUCAGUUUUGCCGGUGUGGCGCUGCUAUCACGCUGUCUGCGUGAUGGCUACAUCAUCCUGUUGGGCCUGGUGUCUGUGGCAGCCGGCCUCAUCAUGACAGCGUUUGCAAAAACUACCCUGCUUAUGUUCCUUGUACGACUACCUUUGCUGUUGUCUGUAAUGCCGAUACCUGUCCUUCGAUCCAAGAUGUCCAAAAUAGUGGCUGGAUCGGAACAAGGUGCCAUGUUUGCCUGUAUAGCCUUUGUGGAGAUUCUGAGUGCUGGCGUUUCAUUUGCAAUGUUCAGCAGCAUUUACGCAGCCACACUGUCAUGGUUUUCUGGGUUUUCCUUUCUGUUGGCUGCAAGCUUCAGUCUUAUACCAGCUACACUGAUAUGUGUUGUUCUGUGUAUGCGUCUGGAUGAAUAUGAGGAAUCCAGCAUACUUAUAGAAGAUAAUAACACAGAAAUCUUUGAGCUGCCACCAUGACAUGAAAACUGAAGAAUUCCUGAUGAACACUUUGGACAAUUUUCCAUCUCUGGUGUAAGCUUCCUAUAUGAAGAGGUUAGAA